CUCGUCCGUACUUUUUCAUCCCAAAAUAGUUGAACGGAGAGCUCAUAGAGCGGGCCAUUUGGGUGGCAGUCAUGACUGUCGAGAGCAUCAUCUCAGUUGCGAAAACCUGCACAUUCUGAGUCUCUCCUUAACAGCAACAACAACGUCUCUCAAAUUCGACUUCCACAUACAAUGUUUUUCUCUUGCACCAAAUUCUUCCAUUCUUCUUCUUCUUCUUUUUCUUCUAAUAACAAGUUCCCAAAACUCCCUCCUCUUCAAACCUUACUCAAAAGAGGCUUUACUCCCACUCUCAAAUCCAUCAACCAAUUCCUUCUCUUUCUCUUACAAACCCAUCGAUUCAACUCAGUCAUCCAUUUCUUCUCCCAGAUGUGCUCAAACCAAAUUAAAGGCAACUCUCAGACCCACUCAAUCCUUGCCUGGGCUCUCCUCAAAUCCCCCAAAUUCGAAGAAGCAGGGCAUUUCAUGAUGACCCAGAAGGCCAAAGCUUUGAAUUUUCCCAAAACUCGCAUGUGGGACUCUUUAAUUCAAGACCUUUGUAUCAAACAAAACAACCCAGAAAAUGCUCUAUUGGUAUUACGGUUUUGCUUGAGAAGUAACGGUAUUCUCUGUUCUUCUUUCACUUUUUGUUCAUUGAUUCAUAGAUUCAGCUCUCAGGGAAGCAUGGGUAAGGCAGUUGAGGUGCUGGAGUUGAUGACGGAUGAAAAAGUUAGAUACCCUUUUAAUAAUUUUGUUUGUAGUUCAGUAAUAUCUGGGUUUUGUAAGAUUGGUAAGCCGGAACUCGCGGUGGGGUUUUUCGAAAAUGCCAUGAGUUCGGGAGCUUUACGGCCUAAUGUCGUGACUUAUACGGCGCUUGUGAGUGCUCUUGGUAAGUUGGGUAGAGUGAAUGAGGUUGAUGAUUUGGUUUGUACGAUGGAGAAGGAAGGAUUGCCAUUUGAUGUUGUUUUCUAUAGCAGUUGGAUUUGUGGGUAUAUAGCGGAAGGGGUUUUAGUGGAGGUGUUGGGCAAGAAGAAACAAAUGCUGGAAAGAGGAAUCAAUCCGGAUAGUACGAGUUAUACUAUACUGAUAGAUGGUUUUUCCAAGCUUGGGGGUGUGGAAAAGGCAGUUGGUUUUUUGAAUAAGAUGACAAAAGAUGGAAUAAAGCCCAAUUUGGUUACGUACACUGCUAUCAUCUUGGGAUUUUGCAAGAAAGGGAAAAUGGCGGAAGCGCUUGCUAUUUUCAAGAUGGUUGAGGAUUUGGGAAUUGAAGUGGAUGAAUUUAUGUAUGCAACUUUAAUUAAUGGCUUUUGCAAGAGAGGGAAUUUUGAUCGUGUUUUUCAUCUGCUCGAUGAAAUGGAGAAGAGGGGGAUUAAUCCAAGUAUUGUGACCUACAAUACUGUGAUCAAUGGAUUGUGCAAGUUUGGGAGGACAUCAGAGGCUGAUGAGGUCUCAAAGGGCAUAGCUGGAGAUGUUAUUACUUACAGUACACUGUUACAUGGGUACAUUGAGGAAGAGAAUAUAACGGGGACUUUGGAAACAAAGAGGAGAUUGGAAGAAGCUGGAGUCUGCAUGGAUGUUGUCAUGUGUAAUAUACUUAUUAAAGCACUAUUUAUGGUUGGGGCAUUUGAAGAUGCUUAUGUAAUCUAUAAGGGAAUGCCAGAAAUGGAUUUGGUUGCAAAUUUUGUCACUUAUUCUACAAUGAUUGAUGGGUACUGUAAAGUAGGAAGAAUUGGUGAGGCACUUGAGAUAUUUGAUGAGUUUAGGAGGACAUCUAUUUCUUCAGUUGCAUGCUACAAUUGUAUCCUUAACGGUCUCUGCAAGAACGAUAUGGUGGAUAUGGCCACUGAAGUGUUUAUUGAACUCAAUGAGAAAGGUCUGGCUUUGGAUGUUAACACCUAUAUGAUGUUGAUCAAAGCAAUUUUUAAAGCAGAAGGUGCAGAUGGGGUUUUCAGUGCAGUUUGCAGACUGCAGAAUCUUCGGCCAGAAAUCUAUGGUACUAUUUGUAAUGAUGCUAUCUUUUUCUUGUGCAAGAGAGGUUUUCCUGAGACAGCAAGUGAAGUGUACAUUGCAAUGAGAAUGAAAGAGUCAACUGUGACCAGCAAGUCUUACUAUUCAAUCUUAAAGGAGCUUGUUAGUGGUAGAAAAGUGUGGUUAAGUCGGCCUAUUAUGACUACUUUUUUGAAAGAAUAUGGCCUAGUUGAACCUAGGGUAUACAGGAUACUUGCAUACUACCUGUGUCUGACAGAUGCGAAUAGAGCCAUUUGGUUUCUCAACAGAAUCAAGGAGAAGUUUUCAGCUGUUACUUUCCCUGUUUCUGUUUUUAAGGCACUUGUAAAGGAUGGUAGAGUUUUAGAUGCAUAUAAACUUGUGGUGGAGGCUGAAAAUCGUCUACCCAUUAUGGACGUGGUUGAUUAUACAAUUAUAGUUGAUGGACUUUGCAAGGGAGGGUAUGUCAAUAAAGCCUUAGAUCUUUGUGCUCUUGUUAAAAAGAAGGGAAUUACCCUAAACAUUAUCUCUUAUAAUUCAAUUUUAAAUGGUUUGUGCUGUCAGGGUCGCCUUGUUGAAGCAUUUAGGUUAUUUGAUUCAUUGGAGAGAUUUGAUUUAGUUCCCUCUGAGAUUACAUAUGCUACAUUAAUUGGUGUUUUAUGUAGGGAGGGGUUUUUGCUAGAUGGCAAGCAGCUGUUUGAGAGAAUGGUUCUUAAGGGCUUUAAACCAAAUACACGCAUUUACAACUCAUUAAUCGAUGGUGUCUGCAAGUUUGGUAAAAUGGAAGAAGCCUUCAGACUUCUGUCUGAUAUGGAGAUAAAAUGCCUUAAGCCUGAUGAAUUCACUGUUAGUGCUGUCAUCAAUGGCUAUAGCCAAAAGGGUGACAUGGAAGGGGCUCUCGGAUUUUUCACUGAGUUCAAGAAGAAAGGUAUAUCUCCUGAUUUCUUGGGUUUCUUGUAUUUGAUCAGAGGUCUCUGUGCAAAAGGAAGGAUGGAAGAAGCCAGGAGCAUUUUGAGAGAAAUGCUUCAAUCACAGCCUGUUGUGGAGCUUAUAAACAGACUUGACACGGAGGUUGAAACAGAGUCGGUAGAAAGUUUUCUUCUUGUUUUGUGUGAGCAAGGAGGUAUCCAAGAAGCUGUUACAGUGCUUGAUGAAGUUGCAUCGAUGUUCUUACCGGUUCGAAGAUGUCAUAGGGCUAAUCAUAAAUCAGAUUUACUAUACAAUCUUUAUGAACGGGAGGGAUUUGGUACAGUUGCUUCAAAGUCUAUGGCCUGCCAUUCUGAAGCUGAUUUGGGGUUUGGAUGGUCUGACGUAAAGGUAGUAGAGAAGGUGGAAAAUUAUUAUAGAAUAGGGAAAAGAUUUCAAUUUCAUAACUUCGACUCUUACUAUUCACGCAUAGCUUCACACUGUUCAAGAGGGGAAGUGCAGAAGGCUGGUCAAUUAGCUAAAGAAAUGCUCUCUAAUUUGGAUGCAUCCCAUUGAUAGAAGCUUAAAAAGUGGGUUCCUUAACCAGCCUUGGAGCUUCCUCUCCCAUUUGGUAAAACAAGGACCAAGCAUUAGUACCUGUAGCUAAUGAAAUUUGGAAACAUCAACUUUGAUGGCACAAGAUGGUGAAAAAGGAACAUUCUCCAAGGCUUAUAGUAGUCUUCGAAAAAUAUACAUUUUCUUAUACGAUUUAGUAGGUUAAACUUACCUGGAAUGCUGGGACAAAAAUUUUAACCUGUGCCCCAAUAAACAUUCACAAUAAUCAGAAUCUGUUCAACUAAGUUGUGAUGGUUGGACAACUUGUACUGCCCUAGCAUGCGCUUUGAGACAGGAAUAUGCAUUUCAUUUCCGUCACUCCAUUUGCAAUAUGUGCCAACUCGUGGAGGAUUUCCCAAAAUGUUGCUGCAUCUUCAUGUGGAAGAUCAUAACACUUAUUAGGCUCUCAUUGGAAAGUGCCACGACUCAACAAAUCUUUUGCAGAUGAAGAAUCCUUGACAUUCUUGAAGGAAGCUACCCGUGCCUCUAACAUCAUUGACACUGCGCUUAGAGAAAUUAUACACUUGCAUCUCCUAUACAUCUCUUGUACAUUUACAUACAAUCUAGUUUUAAAUCCACCAUUGAAUUUGUGGAACCCAAUGUGGGUUUUAUUAAGAGAUGUAUGAAAGAUAUAAAAAUAUAGUUUCUCUUGCGCUUAUACACAACAUCUUCAUCCAUGCCAUUUGGCAUCCAUUCCUUUCUAUCCAAAUGUAAUACAUAUUUGUCAACAAGCCAAUAUGGCAACAGUAAUGGAAAAGUUUUUGCUUUUAAA